CUGGAUGGCCCUUAGGGUCUCUUCCAACAAUGCUCCAAUCCUAAGUGUGUGUGUGCAUGUAUGUAUGCACCCUUCCCAAGUGUUGCCCCGUCUGCCCCUGUGGCCAUCUAUUCUGGGGCUGACUUUGCACGCCAAGCACUCUGCGCUUGCACAGAUGCCCUUUCUGUGUGCUUCCUUUUCAGGUUCCAGAGGCGAAUGCAGUCCUUGAGAACAGGGUCCAAGCCGUGCAUCUGAGGACGGUGCCAAGGUGACCCUCCUUUGCCCCUUGCGUGGAUGCAUUGCCCCCUUCUCUCCUGGAAGGAGGCUGAGAGGCCAUUCUGCUGGUCUUGAGGGUCAAGGGCCACUCCUGCCAAGAUAGUGGAGCCGCGACCCAUUUGGGGAGAAGGAAGAUGCUUCGCUCGCAGGCCCAGCUGAGUGAGAAGAAGAAGAAGAAGGACGAAGAGGAGAAAGAGGGGAAGCAGGACGAGACAGAGGCGCAAAUGGCCGAGAGGAAGGCCAGGGCCCGGCAGCUCUGGCGCGUGCUCCAGAAAGGCUUCCGGCACGCGGUGGAAAAGAUGAAGAACGAGGAGAUGAAGGUGGCCUUCCUCAGCCACGGCCUGCAGCACAUCAGCCGCAUUGCCCUGCGCAGCCCUGUGCGCCAUGUGACCCACGAUUCCCUCAAGAGGCUCUUUGUGGCCCUCGACACAGAGAACAUGCUGCACUUUUUGCGGGAAGAUGGCUCUUACAAGAGCUGCUCCAGGGCCCCUGUCCCUUUGAUGGGGCUCCUCUACGCUACAGAGGUGGACCGUUUUGUGGGCUGGGAUGAAGGCAGCCUCCAGGUCCUGGACUCCCAGUUCCAGCCGCUCUCGCAGGCACAGUCCACCUGGCCCAUCCGUUGCGGCCUCUACUGCGAGCAGCUGAAUCGAAUUGUGACAGCCGGCGAGGGGAAUCUGACCCUCUGGGACUUCCGCUACAGCUACCGGAGCCUCCAAUGCCGCCUCACCUUGACCCUGGGGUCCAGCGAGGUGGUCAGCCGCCUGGCCUUGGAUGGCACCAGCAAGAAGGCCCCGCGCUGUUUUGCUUGCUAUGGCACGGGGGUGGCUGCUUUCGACAUCUCCAAGGGGCAACUCCUGUCCUUCAAAAGGGAGCUGCACAGCAGGGCCAUCACAGAUAUCACCUACUGCGACGUGGUCGGGUGCGUCGUAACCGCCUCCCGGGACACCACCAUCAAGGUCUGGGAUGAGAACUGGCACAUCCAGACAGUCUUCGUGGGCCACACUGCUCCGGUCAUUGCCGUGACCAUCUACCCCGAGCGGCCCCUCAUCUUUUCGGCCUCCCAAGACGGAACCAUCCGCACCUGGAACCUGGACACCAUCGACCAGGUGGACCAGGUCCAUGCCCUGGAGCCUGUGGAGGCCCUCGAAACUAAGACCGCCUCGCGGGUCGUCUCCCUCUCCGGCUCCCUCCUCAACAUCUGGAAGAUCAACCAGCUCUAUUCUCUUUACACGCCGCUGGGGUCCCCCCUCAAGCGCCUCAGCUGCGUCAACCUGGAGGCCGUGGGGGACUUCCCCGUCCGCGCCCUCUGCGUCUGCCGGGACUCCUCCGUGCGCUUGGUGGACGUCCAGAGCGGCCUGCUCCUCUCCACCUUCACCUUGGAGCCGCCCAGCCGGGUCCAGGAGGCUGCCUACUGCUUGCCCCGGGAGACCCUCUUUGUGCUGACGGAACAGGGCAACCUGAUGCGCCUCAAUGUGGCCGCCGACCCCGUGGCCGUGAGGAAGAACAUUGCCAGCCAGGGGCCAAAGCCCUGCUGCCUCCUGCUCUACAGCCACAUCGUGGACCCUGAGGGUGCCUACGCCACAUGGCUUCAGGUCAAGGAGGACAAGAGCUACCGCAAGCAGUGGCAGAAGCUCCCCCUCCACCGUCAGGACAAGAACAGGUUCCUGCCCAUCAUGGGGCACAAAGAUGGACUUCUCAGCGUGGUGGAAUGGUUUUCGGGUCGAAUCCAGUACCAGGUGGAAGCUCACAGCCCCAAACCGGUCACAGCUCUGGCUGAAUACCCUGCGCAGACCUGCGUCAUCUCGGGUGGUGGCGACCUGACGGUGAAGAUGUGGCGCCUCUUCCCCUACGCGGACGAGUGCCUGCUGCCCCUCCUGAGCUUCUCCUGCAUCGCUCCGGCCUGGCACAUGUGCUCCCUGGGCCCAACGCUGGCAGUGGCCUUCCAGGACCCGGAGACCGUCACCUACCGCAUUGUCUACUACAACCUGAUGGAGCAGAGCCGCUCCGAGCACAGUCCCGAAGAUGAUGCCCAGGACGACAUCACUGGCCUCUGCUGCUGCCCCAACCUGAAGCUCUUUGCCUCGGCCAGCCGGGACGGAUCCGUGAAGGUCUGGGACAUGAAAAACCAGCUGCUGCGGCACCUGAAGCUGAACACCAUCCCAGAAUGUCUGGCCUUUGCCAACCAUUGGGGGGAUUUGCUGGUUGGCAUUGAGCGGCACCUCUACCUCAUCCACCACAGCAAGUACUUGCCCAACUACUACAAGAUGAAGCUGCUGUGCGCAAAGUUCCUGGAGCCCCUCCAGAACACUCCUCUCCCCCUCAGCGAUGCCUGCUUCACGGCUCUUGUGAAGGAGAACGCCCGGCGGCUGAUGCAGGAGCCGCCUCUGGAGGAGUCUGAGUCCCCCUUGCCGGGAGCUCACCGGGCUGCCUUGCAAGAGCCAAAGGUAGUCAGGGAGACCAUGUCCAGGAGGCGGGGCUCUUCCUUGGUGGCCGCCAGGAACCAUGACCUGCAGCUCCUCCAGAGCGGGAAGUUGAGCUCGGCCAAGAAAGUGCGCUUAACCAAGGAGAUGAAGGAGGAGGCCUUCGAGCAAUACCUGUGCAUCUUCCACAAGGAGCCGCUUAAAGUGGAGAUCCCUGCGGAAGACACCUUCAGUGCCGAUGAGGUGCUGGAAGCCAUGCGCCACGCUGGCUCCAUUGCUGAGUUCUACAGGGCCAACAGGCCAAACACGUUUCUGGGGGCCUUCACCCGCCCCACCGUUCUGAAGGCAGCUGACCAGGAUGAGAGCUCUGAGGGUGUCUCACAAACCCCGUCUUCCACCGUACCUCUCUCCGUCUCCGAAAGCAGAGAUGCCCAGGGGAUAAAGAUCGACCUGGUGGACGUCAUGAUAAAGGAAAUGUUUGACAAAGAGAGACCCAUCUUGCUGCCGCCCCGGAGUCCCCCCAUGGAGAUCCCAUCGCCCUCUCAAGUGCAGAAAACGUCCCUGGGGGUGCUGGCCACUGCUACCCGAAGCCUCUUGCAUGCUCCCAAGGACACCAAGGAAAGGAGGGACAGGCCUCCCAGGGAGAAGUUUACAAAAAGUUUGCUGGCAAUCAAGGAGUCGGACACGGCGCUUCCAGUUUCGGAGGGAUCCUUGGCCCCAACUCCUGCCACGAAGAGUGGGAAGAGCAUCGCCUUCAAGGAGCCAUCCCGGACCCCGUUGACCCGGAGCAGGGAGUCCCCCGUGAGCAGUGGCAGCCGCUCCCCUUUGCGCCUCCAGAGCCACUCCUCCGAGAUCGUCAAGGGGUUUUUCCCAGAAAUACAGAGCUCCAGCCAGGAGAGGAGGAGCCAGCUGUCAGGCGUGAAGAGCCACCACAGUAUGCCGCUGCCCAGGAUCUCCUCAGGGUUCAUCCCAAAUUCAGUGGUUUCCCAGCAGCUUCACAGCCUGGAAGAUGUGGAGGAGGUGAAGGAGAAGGAAGAAGAAGAGGGGAAGGAGGAAGUGGUGGAGGAGACGAUUGUGAAAGUCACAGAGGCCCUGGAGGAGCAUCCAGAGAGCCAUUCGAGUAGAAGCUCUGUUGGCACACCUCCCCGGGACAAGUCGCCUCAGAGAGAAGCAGAAGCGGCGGGUGUCUCCAAGCCCAUCAGCACCAAAGAGAGCCCGCCUGCGGUUUUCCUGACUCAGCUGGACGAAUCCCAAUAUCCAGAAGAGCCACCAUUCUUUAUCUCGCCGUUUCUGGAGAAGGAGUGGUUCAAGGCACUUUUCCCGGAGGGCUUCCCUCCUGAGAUGAGCAUCAAUGAGUUCUUGACCAUACUCCUGGGCAACUUGGCUAUCGCAGACUAUGGCACCAAGACGGAGCUGGUGGGGGCCAUUGUGAUGCUGAAGGAGAAGCUGAAGGAUCAGAUGAAGGACAUCCUCUACAAAACCGUCAUUUAUGUUCUGAACAGGAAGGAGGACGCACCCGCCAUGAUGGAUCAGAACCAGAGGAAGUUCAUCCUGUCUGCCCUGCGGAUGCUGCUGCAUGUCGACAAGGACCAGGAGGAGCUGAUGGUGGAGCUGAUGGCCUACUAUGUGAUCUCUCCCCCGGAAUACAGGGUGGCUGUGAAGGACCUGAUCCAGGACGCAGGGGUGCAAGACCCCCACAACUACUUCUACAAUGAACUGGAGUCCUGGCCUGUGAAGGAGGACGAUGGCAAAGACGUGGCGCGGAGGAUGAGCAGCCAGUGGCUGGGGAAGUGGAUGCAGGAGCUCAAGGAACACAGAAGUCUCCUUUUGGAGCAGGAGGUUCCAGCCGAAAGGAAAUAUCCUUCAGAGCAAUUCCAGGAGCGGACAUGGUGGAGACGGAGAGAAACGAUGGACCUCCAGGAGCAGCCAGAGAGGACCUCCUCCCUUGAGAGCUAUGAAGAGGAGCAGAGUGAUGGAGUGGAGGUCUAUGAGAGAGAGCCAGAGCCAGAGCCAGAGCCAGAGCAGGAAUUCUCUGAAAGCUAUGAAGAGGAAGAGAUGGGCCUGGAGAAAUCCUCUUUGGAGAGAGACCCGCAGCUCAGGCUGGAGGUCCAGAGAGCCCUUGGCAUUCAGGGGCAGAUGAGCGAUGCCACGGACCAAAAGGAGCGGCCAAGGAAAAAAAGCUCCUUUAGGGGAAAACAAAAGGAGAAAAGGUCUGCCCACCCUUGGGUCCAGUCUGUGCGCCCUGUUGACGCCAUCCACUACUUCAUGGAAAAGCAGAUGGAGAAAGAAUUGGCGAAGCUGAAGCACCUGGUCUCUUCUGCCACCAUCAGCCCCAGGGACACCGUCAUGGCCUUGCCCCCCAUCCGCAAGAAGCGUGCCAUCCUGCGGCUUGGAGAAACCAAUGCGAUGCUGAGGAAAAGGAUCCCUGAGCGCUUCUACUUCCCCUUCAUCUUCCCCCGUUAUCUGAUGAAGGGCUUUGUGCCCUUCGUGAAGCUUCCCCUGCCGAAGAUCACCCUGGACCCCUUCUCGGCCGCUCCGCAGAGACCACCGUCCCCAAGGACCUUCACCGCCAUGCAGCAGAUGGUCCACAAGUAUUUCAUCCCCAAGUUCUCCUACGCUGACAGCUACCCUUGAGGGCCGCGGCGGCCAGAGGGAAGACCCCUGAUGCCAUAGGAGACGAUGGGAGACCCUUCCGUGACUGAGGCUGUCCAAGGCCGGUCUCUCCUAAAAUGGCAGAGGAGAUGCUGUCUGCACAGAACACGAAAUCAGAACAAGCUGAGAGAGAAAUAAAAGGGAAUCACUGGACAUUGCCAUACAGCUCUGUUGCCUCAGCCUCUGUUUGUUGUUCGAAGGGUGACCUCAAAAUGUGAUGGGCCAAUGGCAGACGUUGCCCUUGACAGGGACCCUGGUUCUCUUGGCAGCAGGGACCCCUUCGACGGCCAAAGGGCGCUUUGCACAGGGUGCUUCAAAAAGAAUGGUGCAAAACCAGAUGGCAGCAGCUUUGCUUUUGCAACCUUCUUUUCAAACCGCCCUGUAUUUUCUA